UUACACGCGCCGGGGAUCGACCAACCGCCUCUCCGUUCCUCCAUGGCCGCGUCCAACACGGCGCGCAUGCGCCAGGGCCGGAUCCGUUUACUGAGCAUGCGCACUCGCUGGCCCUGGCAGGCAGUUGGCAUGUUGGUUCGUCCCUGGUUUGAUAGGUUGUCUCUGAACAAAAGAUGUCUGUGCAGGUAGCCUCAGUGAAAAUGGAUGGAAGGAGAGCCAAUGGAUGUUUAGAGUUCCUGAAGACAUUUGACAAGUUGCCCAUUUGAAGCUGGGAGGAAAGGAAGAAAUGGAAGCUUUACUCGAAGCAGUGCAAAACUUUGGUCAAGUUGGCUGCAGCAGUUCUCUUACCACCUGUGAGGCUGAAUUACAAGAGCUGAUGAAGCAGAUCGAUAUCAUGGUAGCCCAGAAAAAGUCUGAGUGGGAAGCACAGUUCCAGUCGGUGGAAACCAGGCUGAAGGUCCGAGAACAGGAGCUCAGUGCGUUUCGAUUAUUACUUGACCAGAAACACACAGAGGUGGGAGUCUUGCGGCAGCAACUUCAGGACAAUGAAAAGGUUCAACGUGAUAUGGUGGUGCAGUAUGAAACACAACUGAACGUAUUUCGCGAAGAGAUUGGGAAACUGAAGAAAAGCUACGAGAAGUUGCAGAGACGACAGUUGAAAGACAGGAGGGAGCAUGUCACGGAGAGAUCAGAGAAGGAAGGCAUAUCUGAACUUAACAGGUUGAGCAAGAAGGUCGAGGAGUUUCGAGAGAAAUCAUUGGAAUGGGAGAAACAGAGGCUUUGUUAUCAACAGCAGGUGGCAUCACUGGAUACAGAGAGAAAACUUCUGGCAGAGCAGUGCAAAACUAUUCAGCAACAGACUGUAAAAUAUCAGACUGAACUCAGUGGUCAGAAACAGCUUAUUGAGCAGACUGAGCUAACAAGCCAAUCAGAAAUGCAGCACCUGAGGAGCCAGUUGGUGCGAGCCAAUGACACAAUCUGUGCAAACGACAUGAUGAUGGAGAGGCUGAACAUGACCGUGGAUGAACUGAAGGCUGCGAACCAACAGUUUAAAUCAGGACAACAACUUCUGCAGGAAGAGCUGCAACAUUUGCAGCAACUCAUACAGAAAUCAGUGGAGGAAAAUGAGGAUCUGAAGAGUAAACUCCAAGCGCAAGAAAAUAUAAUUCAGAGUAAAGAUCUUCAGCAGAAACAACUGUACAAGGAGUUGGUCCGGUGUAAUGAAUUAUUGCAGGCUAAAGAGAAAACUGCCAGCAGAUCAUUAGAAGAUAGCUUGCUGGAGAAGCCAUGUAAUGAUAUUUCUCACAGACAGCCUGAUCUCCAACAGGCACCUGUGCAUUUCCAAGAAAACCUGCAAGGUGAUAUGGAUUUCAAGGAAGAAUUCCUGCUUCUUCAGCACAGUUUAGAUUCAUCGAAUGACCGCUGCACACUUCUGUCUGGAGAAAUUUGCAAAAAAGAUGAAGAACUGAAGCAAAUGGAAGAUGAGCACAGUAAAAGCAAAAUGGACAUUAAAAAGCUUAGGGAUCAGUUGAGUUCUCUUGAACAGCAGCGCCACUCUGAACUGAAGGGAAUGAAAUUGGAGAUUGCCCAAUUGACCACUGAACUGCACCAGCGUGACUUAACGAUUGCGACUAUGAGUGCAGCCACCUCCAACAUGGAGCGACAGCUUCGGAUUGAAUUAGAUAAAACUGAUAAAGUGCAAGAAGUUAAGCAGAAUUGUUCGAUAACAGACCUUCGUGAUGGCUAUUUUUCAUCUCUGAGGCAACUGGAACAAGAAAACCAGCAACUCCAAAAAGAAUUGGCUGAUGUGAGAAGCAAGUUGGAGACAUCUACCAAGGUGUCUCAGGACAGAUAUGAGAUGCUCCUGUUACAGAUACAGAACAAGCUGACAGAUAUAAGAGAAACUGAGAAUAGGCGAGUGGAGGAGCUCCAGCUUGAACAAAAGAAGGAAAUUGAAGAACUUCAGAACAAACUCCGUGAGAUGGUUGCUCAGUCUGAAGAGAGCAAACACGCUUCACAAAGUCAGCACCAGUGUUCCGAGUCUGAUUUUCACAAUUUAACAGAAGGCCGAAUCACUGAGAGGACUUUUUCCAAUACAGUUCAGAGUGAUUCAUCAAAUGCUUCGCUUUCUGAAUCCUUGCAUGGGGUCACCUCCUGUGUCACCUUGUCUGCAGAUGAGAAUGAAGCAAAUUUUUCUCACAAUUCAUCAGCACAGUCAGCCCAUUCACUUCCUAGUGAGCAGUUUCUGUCUUUGAGCCCAACAAUUGCAUCCACAAAGACAUCGAUUGCAAUCAGGUAUCUCGAGGAAGAGGACAGAAGGUCACAGCAACUUUUACAACGUCUGGACAUGCAUAUUGAGGAACUCAAAGCUGAAAGUGAAAAAACUGUUGACAAAUAUGUAUAAUCCACUGUGAUGGAAAAUCAACUCUCAGGCUCCAAAUUAUGAACUUUACUCAGCAUGAGACUGAAUAAAUGGAGCUACUGUUUGCCCUAUCUGGCCUCAGUAAUGGGUACAUUUUCGUUCUUGGAGGUGUACCUAAUGUGCAUUGGGGUAGACGUUAACCAUCCUAAUCACUUGGUUUCUUAAUAACCUAUGUACUGUAGCUUUUUAUUCAUCAUCCCAAAGUUGUGUAAUCAUGUAGUCUGUAAUGAUGUUAGUCUGCACCAGUACAGCCAGCACCCUUCAGGAAGUGUGUUAGUACUGUUUUUGGAAGUGAGCGUCAAGCUGUCAAAAAUCCAGCCUCUGCCUCUGAAGUCUUUUAUUUUCAGAGUUGACCCUGAGAAAACAGUCCAGUCCCUACAAGACUCCAGUUAUCAAGUUUACAAGGUCAUGGUUACAUCAAUAUUUCUGAGCAAAAACAUGAACCUUUUGAAGAUUAGCUGAUGUCACUACAUUGGUGCUGUGUUAAGGAUAUUGGAGUGGUCCUACUUUCCCAAUAAACUAUGCAAAAUGCAGCAAAUUGGUGCUUCUGUUAAAGAAAAAGGGACAUCAGUUGUCAUUGUGAUUGCAGUAUGUUAGUCCAAGGUCACGGCUGCAGCAGUGACCUGAUAAUAAAUUGUGUUUUAAAUUGUUUUCUUUAAACAGCGUUUUCCAGGUCUGAAGUUGUGGUAUGAAUUUAUAAUUUGGAUGCUAUUAUAAAUGGUGGUAAAUAAAUACUGUUUAACAGCAUGAUUCAAACUUUAGCUCUUUCUGGUAGACUUCUAUUAGUGCGGCUGAAGGAAGGAGGCUGAUGAAAUUAUGUUCUGCUUCAGAUUGAGUCUCCCUUUUUAGGCAUGUAUAAAUGACAAGUUACCACUCUGGAGUGAGAACCUAACUUAAAAGAUUCUGCAUGUUCCUGAAAGGACUAAUCACUGAAGUUGUUUUUUUGUUUGUUUUGUAAAAGAAACUUCCAGUGCUGAUUAUAAUUGUAUAUUUGUGUACAUAUCAAUAAACUUUAUACA